AUUUAGGGUCGACGAUCAACUCGGGGGAGGGGGGGACAUGGCCGUCUUUCUGUUAAAUCGCCAGUAGCUCGAUAUUUCAUCUGAGGCCACAUCACCGAACAUUCAAAAGCUGUUCUUUCAGUGAUACCUGUGUAUAGACUGUGAGCAGCCUCAGUGAAAUGAUGCCAGGGCUCAACAACUCCAACCAAGAUUCGGUUCGACCCAAGAGUCGCAGGAACAGCUAUGUUUUGCCCAAGCUACCUGUGCCUCCUCUGCAGCAGACUUUGGACAUGUACUUAAAUUGCAUUCAGCACCUUGUUACAGCAGAACAGUACAAAACUACCAAAGCCAUCGUAGAAAGAUUUGGAGCUCCAGGAGGGAUUGGAGACUUUCUACAGCAAAAGUUGAUGGAGCGGAAAGAAAGUCAAACGAAUUGGGUUUACGACUGGUGGUUGGACGAGAUGUAUUUAAGUAAUCGAGUUCCACUUCCCGUGAACUCAAAUCCUGGAAUGGUCUUCCCUCGACAAAAUUUCCGGGAUGAAGAUGACCAACUUAGGUUUGCCGCACGUCUCAUUUCUGGAAUAUUGGAUUACAAAGUCGUGGUGGAUGCCCGUGCUUUGCCUAUUGAUUAUGCCCGUGGUCAACUGGCUGGACAUGCCCUGUGUAUGGAGCAGUAUUACAGGCUCUUCUCGUCCUACCGUCUCCCAGGUCAUCAGAAAGACACCUUGGUAGCACAGAAAAGCAGCGUUAUGCCUGAACCGGAACAUAUCAUCGUGGCUUGCAAAAAACAGUUCUUUGUUCUGGAUGUUGUGAUAAACUUCAGACGUUUGAAUGAAACCGAUUUGUUCACCCAAUUGAAAAAAAUAGUGAAAAUGGCGGAAACCGAAGAAGAAUGCUUGCCCCCAAUCGGACUGUUAACCUCAGAUGGUAGAACUGAAUGGGCUGAGGCAAGGACAGUCCUCCUGAGAGACUCUACCAACCGAGAUUCUCUAGAUGCAAUCGAGCGCUGCAUCUUUCUGUUGUGUUUAGAUGAGGCGAAUGACAUUGAACACACAGAUACAAACCUGGCUCUGCAGAUAUUACAUGGGGGAGGCUGCCACAAAACUAGUGAAAACCGCUGGUAUGACAAAACCAUGCAGUUUGUUGUUGGAAGGGAUGGUUCCUGCGGCCUAGUAUAUGAACAUUCACCAGCAGAAGGGAUUGCAGUUGUACAAUGUGUUGAACAUCUACUCUGUUACAUUAAAGAGACCGCAAGGAAGUUAGUCCGAGCUGAUUCUGUCUGUGAGUUACCUGCUCCAAGGAGACUGAGGUGGAAAUGUGACCCCGAAAUCCAUGGAUAUUUAUCUUCAGCAGCUGAAAAACUGCACAGAUUGAUAGAUAACCUUGAUCUAAAUGUGUACCGGUUUAAGACUUAUGGCAAAGACUUUAUAAAAAGGCAGAAGAUGAGCCCAGAUGCCUACAUCCAAGUUGCUUUGCAGCUGUCCAUUUACAGGUUACAUAGGAAACUUGUUCACACUUAUGAAAGUGCUUCGAUUCGUCGAUUCCAUGAAGGAAGAGUCGAUAAUAUCCGAUCAGCAACUCGAGAAGCACACGCCUUUGUGAAAGCGAUGGUAGAAAGGAGAAUCUCAGUCACAGAUGCAGAAAAAAUGGACCUUCUCUGGUCAGCAAUUGAUGCACAGACCAAUUAUGCAGUUCUCGCAAUCACUGGGAUGGCGAUAGACAAUCAUUUGCUUGGACUGCGGGAGAUUGCAAAGGAGCUGCAGAUGGAUUUACCUAAAUUAUUUACUGAUGAAAGUUAUUUGAUGAGUAACCAUUUUUCCCUCUCCACCAGUCAGGUACCAACCACAACGGGAGCAUUUCUAUUUUACGGUCCUGUAGUUCCAGAUGGUUAUGGUGCUUCCUACAAUCCACAUUUGGACCACAUUAUUUUCUGUAUUUCAUGCUUCAACGAGUGUAAGGAGACUUCUUCAAGCAUGUUUGCAAAAGCCGUGGAAGAAAGUCUUGUAGAGAUGAGGGAUUUGUGUGUUAAGUGCAAUGUUAAGGCUAAGCAAGCCUUUCUGGGGCAGACAACACACAAAGUUCAAAAUGGAAGGAAGUCAUGCCACUAAAAUUGAUUAACCUAUUGUUGCAAUGAAAUGCACAAUGUCAUUUCUCUAUGCAAAAAUAUAAUCCUGUUGUUGAACAAGAACUAUCUUAAACAUCAUUUAUCUGUAAAGAUUCCAACAAAUAUAGCAACGUAACUGAAAAGAACAAACAUACUGAAUACUAAAUCAGAAUAUAGCAGAGCAGUUCGAUCAUAAAGUGUAACAUUAGCAUAGAAAUAUAUAUAUUAUGCAAACACACAAGUGUCAGUCCCAGAUGGACUGG